GAGCCGCCGCCGGGGAGGAGCAGCCGCUGCCGCCCAGGACUGGGCCCUUAGGGAGGAGGAGGCGAGAAGAUGGCGGACGACCCCAGUGCUGCCGACAGGAACGUGGAAAUCUGGAAGAUCAAGAAGCUCAUUAAGAGCUUGGAGGCGGCCCGCGGCAAUGGCACCAGCAUGAUAUCAUUGAUCAUUCCUCCCAAAGACCAGAUUUUCCGAGUGGCAAAAAUGUUAGCAGAUGAGUUUGGAACUGCAUCUAACAUUAAGUCCCGAGUAAACCGCCUUUCAGUCCUGGGAGCCAUUACAUCCGUACAACAAAGACUCAAACUUUAUAACAAAGUACCUCCAAAUGGUUUGGUUGUUUACUGUGGAACAAUUGUAACAGAAGAAGGAAAGGAAAAGAAAGUCAACAUAGACUUUGAACCUUUCAAACCAAUUAAUACAUCAUUAUAUUUGUGUGACAACAAAUUCCAUACAGAGGCUCUUACAGCACUACUUUCGGAUGAUAGCAAAUUUGGCUUCAUUGUAAUAGAUGGUAGUGGUGCCCUUUUUGGCACACUCCAGGGAAAUACAAGAGAAGUCCUGCACAAAUUCACUAUGGAUCUCCCAAAGAAACACGGCAGAGGAGGUCAGUCAGCCUUGCGUUUUGCCCGUUUAAGAAUGGAAAAACGACAUAACUAUGUUCGGAAAGUAGCAGAGACUGCUGUGCAGCUGUUUAUCUCUGGGGACAAAGUGAACGUGGCUGGUCUCGUUUUAGCUGGAUCAGCUGACUUUAAAACUGAACUAAGCCAAUCUGAUAUGUUUGAUCAGAGGUUGCAAUCAAAAGUUUUAAAAUUAGUUGAUAUAUCCUAUGGUGGUGAAAAUGGAUUCAACCAAGCUAUUGAGUUAUCUACUGAAGUCCUCUCCAACGUGAAAUUCAUUCAAGAGAAGAAAUUAAUAGGGCGAUACUUUGAUGAAAUCAGCCAAGACACGGGCAAGUACUGUUUUGGAGUUGAAGAUACACUAAAAGCUUUGGAGAUGGGAGCUGUAGAAAUUCUAAUAGUCUAUGAAAAUUUGGAUAUAAUGAGAUACAUUCUUCAUUGUCAAGGCACAGAAGAGGAGAAAAUUCUUUAUCUAACCCCAGAACAAGAAAAGGAUAAAUCUCAUUUCACAGACAAAGAGACAGGACAGGAACAUGAGCUGAUUGAGAGCAUGCCACUGUUGGAAUGGUUUGCUGACAACUAUAAGAAAUUUGGAGCUACAUUGGAAAUUGUCACAGAUAAGUCACAAGAAGGAUCUCAGUUUGUGAAAGGAUUUGGUGGAACUGGGGGCAUCCUACGGUACCGAGUAGAUUUCCAGGGAAUGGAAUACCAAGGAGGAGACGAUGAAUUCUUUGACCUUGAUGACUACUAGGUAGUCGACAUGGGUCCGGCAAAACGUGCCUCACCCUCCAGCAUCCAACCCAAGGAGCAUACCUGUGGUGGAAUCCAAACAGAUCCCUGCCUUACAAUUGGAACAUUUCCAGAACUGAAUCCAUGAGCAUUGGAUAUUGAAAAGAAAACCAAAACAAAACCAGGCCCAACCCUACACUUUGGUUUGUCAUGGUAUCAGCGCAGCAGCCUACAACUAAGUUCCUAAAUGCCACUUGGACUAUUUAAAAGAAUUCCAGUUUUUACUUUUACUCGAUGGUGAAAUUGGUUGCUCUUGUAUUUUAUGAAAAAAAAUGAUUUUUUUAACCUUCAUACGUAGAAGCAAAAAUACUUUAACUGCUGUAAACCUUCAAAAGUUAAUAGAAGUGAGAUCAUACUGGUUUGUUUCUUAUUUUGAUUGGAGAAAAAUUAAACUGCUGCAUUUCGCAGUGACCCAUUUACAUGGCAUUCUCAGCUUAGACUGCAUCAGAAGAAAUACAUGUGGUGAAAUGUUGGAACCAUUUCUCUCUUGGUCUCUGUUUAAUGUUGAAAGGGUGAGCUAAUAGGAGGCAAUGUCAAUCUCACUCCCUGACACUCUUCCUUUCCCUUCCAGACCCGUUUCAAGGAUGCAAAUUGCAUUGCCAGGUCAAACUGACUAAAGCACUUGGACCAGUGCACUCUUUACUUCCAUGUAUUUGGCAGACUUGUUUGGGCACAGCAUUUCGGAGCCUCUUGUAUCAGUUGCUUUGACAAAGGUCCCCUAAUCUUAGCCUACUAGAAACCAGUCGGAGGUGGAUAUGAUGGGGCUUCUGUGCUGUUGCUGGGAUUGGGAGAAAUAAAUGCAAUUUCAGUGGAA